AGCCUAUAUGACAAUUUUAUAACAAUUUUUCAAUUAUCAACAUGGUUUCCAUGGUGAGCGAAAUUAUAAAAAAAGAAAAAAAGGAAAAAAAUUGAACACUAACCAGAUUACAGAUAAUAAGUCUACACCUUAUUAACGUUGAAGUAUAAAAAUUUUACAGAAAAGCAGAAACAUUGAAAGAAUGGAAGAGAAUAUCAUUAACGAAGUACAUGAUAUUACAGAAGCAAUUGAACUUUAUCCGCCUAAAAAUCUCUUCCUAGUACCAAUUAACAAAAUUACAAUUAUAGCAAUUCUACCAGCAUACUUAAAGAAAAAUCGAUCUAUUUCCAAUUGGGAUAUAAUGGAAAAAUUAAAACAGGUGAUAAAACCUGAUUAUUUUAUAGCUUUGAAGGUUAUCAAGAGUGAUUUCAAAUAUAUUCAAUUUGAAGGCGAAGUAAACAACAAAAGUCUUGUUAGAAUUCUGAUUAGUAGGAUGGAUGGAAGUUGUUUAAAAUUAAAUAGCCUGAUGGAACCAGUAACUAUCCGCGUAACAGAAGCAAAAAUAUCAUUUCCGUUAAAGAAUGAAUGGGAUUCAUACUUUAAAGAUUCUAAAAAUAUGAAUGAAAUGAAAGCUGGUGAACGCCCAGAUACAAUACACAUUAAAAAUUUACCAAUAUCAUGGUUUGCUGAUAUUAGUGAAAAUGAUGGCAAACCUUGUGAAAAAAUUGUUAUGGAAUGCUUCAAUAGCUUUGGUUCAAUUAGAGUAAUUGAUAUUCCAAUUUUAGAUAAGUAUAGAUGUAAAAUGCAAACGUCGUCCGCUAAAAGGACUGCAAGAUUACUUGAAAAUCCUAUUUUGUUUGAGGUUUUCAUUCAAUUUAAGGAAUACGUCGGAUUUGUUAGAGCUAUGAAUUGUUUAAAAGCAAAAAAACUGUUAUAUUUAGACAGACACACGGGAAGGAAAUUAACAUCCUUAAUCAUGGUCAAUUUUGACAAGACAAAACAUUUAUCUGACAAGAAUAUAAGGAAAAGAAAUAUCGAAAGGAAGAGAUUACAAUUAAAAGAUGAAAUCCAUCAAAAACAGAAUUUUAAUCCAUUUAAUUCUCAUCAGGAAUACCCAAUUACUCAUGAAGAUAUUGGAGAGAAAGAAGAGGGAGACGAGAUACAACCACAAAGCGAAGAGAAUUUAGCUAUGGAAAAUCGUAGAAACCUACUUAUUCAUCGUAAACUACAAUCAAUUCGACUUUUAGGUGAACUUUUGGACAGAGUCAAGGUCAGAUUAGUUAUCCUCUUUUUUUUGUAUUACUUGUUAAUUUCAUUUUAGAUUAUGUAAUUUAAUGAUUAAGUAACAUGAUAAAUGAGACAUUUACCUAUAGCGUUUUUUUUAUCAAUUAACAACAAAAAAACGGUAUAAUUAACAAAAUUCUUUCCUUUAUAAUUAGUAAACUUGUCAUCAAGAAUUAAUUAAACAAUCUCUACUUUAAAUGAAAAAGAAAAGUAUUUUUUUUUUAAAAAAAAUGAAAAAGGAAAAGAAAACCGAAGUGAAAAGCUUACUAUUUCCUUUAAAAUAAAAUAUUCAAUAGAAGAUAAUAAUGAGGCUCUUUCAAAUCUUUGGGGAGUAUUUGUACUUGUGGAUAUAUUUAACUAUUGAUAAAUUUGAAAAAUUAAGCUCUCUAAAUCAUCAGUAUACUAUAACGACACCUGGUAUUAAAAAAGAGCCUUUUCCCAGAGGAUAUACGUUUACUUUAUUACCCCUUAGCUAUAAAUAUAUAUAUUUCAUUAUUAAUUGACAAAGCUAAUUUCAGCAAAUUAAGCAACACGAAGAGCUGGAAAAACGUGAAAGAGAAUUAGAAGAAGAAAGAGUUUUACAAAUUAAAUUAGCUAAGCAGAAAGAUUUGGAACAGAAGAUGAGGAAUAUAGAAGAGAAAAACAAACGAGCGAAUGCUCUCCUAAAAAGAGAAGAAGCGCUAAGAAAGCGCAUAUUAAACAAAGUUAAAUUGAAAGAAUUCAAGAAAGUUGAAUUAAAAGUUGUUGAAAAGCUAAAUAAAUAUUCCAACUUGGCAGAUGAUGACUUUAUCAAAUCUGCAAUGUCGUUUAAACGACGAAAGACUAUGUUUUAAAUAAUUCAUUGAAAAUGUACAAUUAAAAAAAAUAAUAAUAAAUUUGUUUUAUGACAAAAUAAACAUUUUAAUAGA